AUUGAAUGUGGUAAUAUGGAAGGUAAAAAUAAUCCAUUGCAUGCUGUUAAGAGAGUAAGUACAACACGUUGGAGUUCUCAUGCGGCAGCAUUACAUGUAGUUUUAAAAUUCCACAAUGCAGUUUUAAAAACAUUAAAUAAAAUUAAAGAUUCUGAAGGAUCUGCUGAUGUAGUAGUUGGUGCGAGUUGUAGUGGUUUGAUAUCAUACCUUACAUCCCAACGUUUUCUUCUAACAGCAUUAUUAUUCAAAACUAUAUUUCAAAUACUUGAACCUGUCACCCGCCAAUUGCAGUCCCAAGAUAUGGAUAUGCUUAUGGCCACAAAUAUUUUAAAUAAUGUGAUUCAUCAAAUCAAAGAACUUAGAAAUGAUGAUUCGUUUAAAAGAUUACUAAAAAGGACUGAUGAGUUUGCUGAAAAUAGUAUUGUUGACUUUUUACCUCUUGUAUCUAGUCGACCCAAACGUGUUCCAAGAAAAUCAGGUGAACAUUGUCAGGAUGAAAUUAUAUCAUGUCCCAUGAAAAAAUUUAGAAUUGAUACAUACAAUGUCAUAAUGGAUAUUCUUUUAGCAGAGUUAAGUGGACAUUUUGAAAGCACCAAUAUAGGACCUCUAAAAGACUUAUCCCUUCUUUCAUUUAGACGUAUUCGAGAAGUUCAAAAUAAUCCACACAUUGUACCUUGUGAUACCUUUGACGCUUUGUGUACCAUGUACUCACAAAUCGAUAAAAACUCAUUAUUGACAGAAUAUACUGAAUUUUGUAAAAAUUUUACUGAAAUAGAAAACAGUAUUUUACUUCCUAAGUAUCUUAACAACAAUGUAAUAGUUGAAGAUUAUGAAGAUUCACUAGAGUUAAACGCAUAUAGUUAUGAUAGUGCGGAAGAAGAUUCUGCAAAAGUUGUUUAUCAUAACAUAGCAAGUACGAGGGAAUUAUUUAAACUAUUUUGUUUGGCUAAAUUAGCUAAUAUUUUUCCAAAUUUAUAUUUAGUUUUAAAAUUAUCUAUCACAUUACCUGUAACAAGCUGUAGCGUAGAGCGAACGUUUUUUAAAUUAAAACUUAUAAAAACAAAGUUAAGAACAACUAUGUCACAAGAUCGUCUCGAUAGUUUAAUGAAAAUAUCAUGUGAGCAAGAUAUAAUUAUUAAUAAUGAAAAUGUAAUUUUGUUAUUUGCAGCUAAAAGUAGUGUUCUAACUAAAUGUUUGAUUUAUUAAUAAAUAUUUAAUACUUAUAAUAAUAUUGUUACGAA